AUGGGCCGCUUGAUCGAUAAGGAGCCACCAUAUGAGCCCGAAACCCCUUUACGGCUGGUGGUCGUGGGACUUUCGCGCACUGGCACAGCAUCUCUGUACCUGGCAUUGAAGGAACUAGGAUAUACUCCAUGGCACAUGUGCGAGCCCAUCGACGAUCCCAGUCGCAUGUAUAAUCAAUGGACGGAGGCUAUGAACUGCCGCUUCUUCGGCGGAAAUCGUCCGUACAAUCGGAAGGAUUUUGACAAACUGCGAGGCCCGUACGAUGCGCUGUUGGAUAUACCGGCCUGCCUUUUCUGGGACGACUUUCACAAGCUGUAUCCCGACGCGAAAAUAAUCCUCACCACACGAUCCGCCGAUUCUUGGUUCAAAUCAAUCCAUGGUACCAUCAUUCCCUGGCUGGAAAAGCCACUAUUGAAAGUUCUCCAGUAUUUCGACAGGAAGCGACUUGGACCCGAGAUGCGCAUGGUCAAAACGGCUUACAAGGUCAUCUGCAACAACGACUACCACAGCCCUGAGACCAUGGAUCGCUAUCUCCAACACAAUGACCGGGUCCGGAAUGGGGUCGACCCAGACAGGUUCCUGGAGCUCCGGCUCGGUGAUGGGUGGGAACCACUAUGCGCGUUUCUCGGCGUGCCUGUGCCGAGUAAGCCAUAUCCCAAGGUCAACAACACGGAUGAGUUCAACCAGGGAGCAGAAGAGGCCGAUGCGGCAAUGCUGACCGGCAUGCUCAAGCCGUGGCUGGCUGUGAUCGUGCCCGUGAUCGUGGCUGGGCUGUGGUUCUCUUUCCUGAAAUCAUAA